UUAGUUACAUUGUACAUACGCGUUGUUAAUAUUUCACCGCCAGUCAGUUGUGCGUCAACAUCCGGAGAAAUACGCGUGUAAACGAUGAUAUCCCCUUGAGUCCUGCGUGUCUUUGAUAUAUCCUGCCAUGAGCGGAAGUGUCUGCAAUUCUGCUCAAUCCAUGUUUCCAAAACAGUCGUUUGCAAAGGGAGACGGUGAGCAUCGCCUGCAUCUCUUCCCAUCACCUUCGGGCGGGCUCCGUUCAGCGUCGCCCUGCACCGUUUAAUGUGGAUAUAUCCGCAGGGGACGGGACAUGCUUACGCAGGUCUGCGCAAUCGACGUGAACGCCUGCCUGGACACAGGAGCGGAUUAAGUUACUGGUGCUGGUGGCGGAUUAUUGUGUUGGCCUCGUCCUGCCACCCCCCGAGUCCUGCUUGGUGAUUCUUUUUCCAAUUACGAGCGGACGUCAAAAGCCAGACAUGUCUUUCCGGCGAGGUGUGGUGAGACAGAGCAAAUUCCGACAUGUUUUUGCUCAAGCGUGGAAAGCCGAGCACUGCAUCGACGACGUCAGAGUGUCCCGCGUGACUUGGGACAGUCCCCUUUGUGCGGUCAACCCGAAGUUCCUCGCUGUUAUCAUCGAAGCAGGUGGAGGGGGGGCCUUCCUUGUUGUUCCGAUCAGCAAGAGCGGCAGAAUUGAUCAGUCCUGCCCGACAGUGUGCGGCCACGCGGCUCCAGUGCUGGAUAUUCAGUGGUCUCCUCAUGACGACAACAUCAUUGCAAGUGCCUCAGAGGACUGCACAGUAAAGGUGUGGCAGAUCCCAGAUGGGGGCCUGUUAAGUCCAAUGACUGAGGCCAGUGUGACCCUUGAGGGCCACAGUAAAAGAGUGGGAAUCCUGGCUUGGCACCCAGCUGCCUUCAACAUUCUCCUAAGUGCAGGCUGUGAUAAUGUUAUUUGUGUGUGGAAUGUGGGCUCAGGGGAGCUUGUGUAUCAGCUGAGUGAUGCCCAUCCUGACCUAAUAUACAGUGUCAGCUGGAACAAGGAUGGCAGCGCUGUCUGCACAGUCUGUAAGGACAAGGCUCUGCGCAUCAUUGACCCACGACGAGGCACCGUCCUCAAGGUGAGAGAGAAGGUCCAUGAUGGUACUAGGCCAAUGAGAGCUGUUUUCCUGUCUGAUGGGAAGAUCCUGACCACAGGCUUCAGCCGUAUGAGUGAGAGACAGCUGGCAUUGUGGGAUACGAAAGACCUCUCUGAGCCCAUAGCAGUGCAGGAGAUGGAUACAAGUAACGGGGUUCUUUUACCCUUUUAUGACCCUGACACCAACAUGAUCUACCUGUGUGGAAAGGGGGACUGUACCAUCAGGUAUUUUGAGGUGACAGAUGAAUCACCAUAUGUUCACUUCAUCAGCUUAUACAGCAGCAAAGAGCCUCAAAGAGGGGCAGGCUUUCUUUGUAAAAGAGGUGUGGAUGUCAACAAAUGUGAAAUUGCUAGGUUCUACAAGCUGCAUGAGAGGAAAGUGGAACCCAUUUCUAUGACUGUACCACGAAAGUCAGAUCUGUUCCAGGUAGAUCUUUACCCGGACACAGCUAGUUUGGAUCCUGCUCUCCUGGCUGAUGAAUGGAUUGCUGGGCAGGAUGCAUCACCAUUGUUGUUCUCCCUGAGUGGUGGGUACACGCCUCCUCCAUCCAAGCAGAGAGACACCCUCAGGAGCAAGCCCAAGCUUGCCUCGCAGGAUUCCGGGGGUGGGGCAACUCCUCCUUCACCAAGCCACAUAGCAGGUCCCAUCCCAUGUGCUCCUACCUCUGCUGCCAAGGAGGCAGCAGAAGAGUUGCUGCAACCACAAGUAGCAACAAGUGAGACAGAUGGAAAUACUGAGAAUCCAAAGAAAGAGGAUGACUUGUUGAACGAGUUGUUAGCAGAAAUGAAGGCCUUACGUGCUGUUGUACUCGCUCAGAGCCAGAGAAUCGAGUUACUGGAGAGGCAGCUGGCUCGAAUCGAAGAUGGGGACGUAUGAGUAAGCAGGAACUUCACUACAUUAGCAGGGAAUUUUUACUAAAUUCAAAGGCCAUAGCCUUACUAGAAUCAAGAGUACUUUAAGCUGUGUGAGUGGGAGAGUGUAGUGUACAGUACAGUAGCAACUAACUGUGAAUCACAGUGGCUUACAACCAGGUCAGCUAUUUUGAUGAAAGCAAGAUCACAAUUUAUUUCAUCUUGUGCUUGAGAAUGGGGUGUCAUCUGCAAAGAGUGAAAUAUAACAAUGCUUGUUUUUUGUUUUUGUUUUUGUUUUUUUUAUAUAAAGUGGUUUUGUAUUGAGCUUUGCAAUAUCCACAGUCCAACUUUUGAAGGGCUUCAGAGUUACAGUGGCAUCAUUGCCUCAAGUUAAUGCACUAAGUAGGAGCCGACAGCAUUAUAUCAAAGCUAACAGAGGUAUAGCAAAGCAAUUAAGUACCUCCAAUAUAAUUUUUAUUUCCUCUGAUGCACUUACAAACCACCAGGGCUGUUUAAUCAGGUAGUUUCACCUGCUAAACUGUGACAACAUAUCUGACCCCCAGUUGUUCCUCACUGUGUGACUUGUGCUUUGUUUUACUAGUUCACUAUAGGACGCUGUGUAGGUAAAUGGUUGGGACAUUUUCUGGUACACAAACCAUGACCUUUACAGUGACAACUGAAAGCUGAUGGGCAUAGCUCAGUAUUUGUGUAUCGUAACUCUGUGUAGACUUUGCAGUCAAUGAAAGGGCAACACUUGUGAUUUUGUAGCUCAUGUUGUCAGGAGAGAACCAUAACUUUGUGGUGUUUUCUGUAACAAAAGGCAAGGUAUUCAUCCACAGCAUCAUUAAGCUAUAAACGCGGAGAAAUCCUUGCCUCUUUCCUGCUUUUGAUGUGUGGAAAGGCUGCAGUAUCACGAGUUCCUUAAAGAACCAGGAUCUCUACGUUGAAGUCAUCACUUCAAGGCAUUUUUCAGAGCUGUUUGUAAGAGAUGUUCACUGAACUCGGAGACAACAAUGAUGACUUGACACCUACUACAGUGCAGCCUCACUAAAACACACUAGCAGUUCAGCCAGUUGUACACACACAGAAGAAAGAGGAAGUUACAGUGAUGCGUUGAACUUUUUCUAGAUAGCAGUUGUAUUUGUAUUGGUGUUCAAAGAUGGAAAGCCCUUUUACAUUUUUUUCUGUUUAAUUUUGUGUUUCUGUCAUUACAUGUAGCGAUGUUCAUCUAUUACUUCUACAUCAGAUAGUGUAAACACUGGUACAUUCCACAUCAAGCAUAUCCUUUUAUUACUUAGGUCAUUUAUAAUUCCUUAUGCAUUGACCUCUUAACACUAACUGUAUAACCAGUAGCAGUUUAAAUGAAACUACAUCAUGAAUACUUAAUAAAUAUUC